GAAUCAAUUCAAAGUCUUCCUGGAAAAAACUCCUCCUCAGAAACUGAAGACAACGGUCGAAGUAUUGAAUUCACAAAUCAGACUGAAAGCAUGCAUCCAAAACCUGCAGGAGAGAAUUAAGUUCAUUGAGGAAAAACAGAAAGAAAUCACAGAGACAAAAGAAGCUCUGAAACUACAUAGAAAGGAGAUGGAGAAUAAUGAAAAGUUUACUGUAGAAGUUCCAGAGUACUACAAAGACAAAAAAUCCAUUGAUGGUGGGUGGUGGGGCUUAGGUUUUUAUGAAGGAGCUGUCUGCUGUACAGUCUGUGAGGAGAACUGUCACCAUCCUGGAUGCACAGUGGCCUGGUCUGCUGGAAGCUGUGAGGUCAUGAAAAAUGACCGCUGCACAUCAUGUACCAGGAAGUGUCCAGUAUCAGCUCAUGUGAAAAAAAAGUGGAUCUAUGUGACCAAGAAAAGGUACGUUAAGAAGACCAAUGAAGACAUGAAAAACAAAUAUGAAAUGAAUAAAACUAAAGGUCAGAACAAGCAAAGCCUUUUUGAAAGUCUUGAAGAGGAAAUGAACAAACUGACAGCAGAGAAGUCACAGUUACUGGAUGAGUCCUACCAGCAUCUUGUCAGACUGGAGCAGAUCGCUCUGAAAACUGAUUCAGCGUCCACUCUUGACCACUUGGACUUCCUGAUUGAGAAGAUUAAGGAGGAGGAGGGUGAAGGAGACUCAGAGAAAGUCAUUAAACUGGGGGAGAUGAAGAAGAGAGUGGCUGAAGCAAACAAAUCAGGGCCAAACAUUUUUGACAAACUAACAGCAUAUGGGAAACAGAGAAAAGUCCAGUCCUGAAAUCUGAUCUUCUUUCAUCUGAUUGAUACCUUGGAUUCUUCAUGUGUGUUCAUGCUCUCAAUGACUGCUUGAAAUAUUUCUGAUGACUCAGACCGAGUGGAAACAUUUGGAUCCUUUCACGUUGGAAUUGAUUUGUACAAUUUCUCUAUAUUCUGUUCUGACUCCUCAAUAAAAAAAACAACAAACCCUAAA